ACCUGCUCCCCUUGGCGUGGCUGUCGGUGCAAGAGUCAUUCCCGUCUCGGAGAUCUUGCUUGCAUGUCAGUUCCAUCGUGCAGCAUUGCCUAGCAGACACCUGUUUGCCGUCAUGCAGCUCGCUUGCACUCUCCAUGCCAUGGCAUCGGUCCGCCAUCCUGGCCUAUGCCCACCACGGCACCGCUGCUACACUUGAAACCCUACGCGCCCAACUUACCUCGAGCCCUCAUGCCAUGGCUCCUGAAACAUCCAUCCACUCGGUAACGACGCGUGGCAGGCACAUGCACACCACGCCUAGGUCCACCUCCGCGCUAACCUGGGUCCCAAAUCCCCUCUGCCCAUGCACACGCCAGCCCACUGUCAGAAUCACUCUAGAACAAACUCAACUCCACUAGAUGGUCA